AUGGCUCCUCAACCUGAUCUUGCGAAUAGAUCAAGGUCAGAUAGGGCUCUAUUGCUCACAAUCGAGGGCCCACCUUCACAGUUGGCUCAUCAAAAGCCUUCAAUUUAUGUAUUUUAUGCUGUACCGCUUUACUACCUCUUUCCCUCCGAUGUGUUCGUCUCAAAUUGGCCGAAAAGACAGGCUGUCCCUCCAUUCGUCGAAAUUCACUAA